AUGAAACCCAGUACUGGAGUAAAGGUACUUAGUUACUUUCCAUCUCUGCACAGCGAUAGGCUGAAGCUGGCACCAAAGAAAGCAAAGAAGAGAGCGGAGGGAGGGGGCUCCAACGUGUUCUCCAUGUUCGAGCAGGCCCAGAUCCAGGAGUUCAAAGAGGCUUUCACCAUCAUGGACCAAAACAGAGACGGCUUCAUCGACAAGAACGACCUCAGAGACACGUUCGCAGCUUUAGGACGUGUGAACGUCAAGCAGGAAGAGAUUGACGAGAUGCUGAAGGAGGCGCCAGGACCCAUUAAUUUCACCGUCUUUCUCACCAUGUUUGGAGAGAAACUAAAAGGUGCCGACGCGGAGGAGACCAUCCUCAACGCUUUCAAAGUGUUUGAUCCGGAGGGGAAAGGCACGCUCAGGAAAGACUACGUGACGGAGAUGUUGACGACCCAGGCCGACAGGUUUUCCCCUGAAGAGCUGGAACAGAUGUUUGCAGCGUUCCCUCCAGAUGUAGCAGGAAACCUGGACUACAAGAACCUGGUGUACGUCAUCACGCACGGUGAAGAGAAGGACCAGGAAUAGAUCCUCAGACUUAAAC